UCACAAUGUUGUCUUCCUGUUUUUUCACUCACGUGGAAGAAGAGCCCCAGCGUAAGAGCUCGUGAAGCGUGUGUCCGGCAGAAACACGAGCAAAGACCGAAAAUGACGCAGUUAGACGGUGUAAUAAAACCUAAAACAAAGCGCUCCAAGCGCUUCCUAGACAAAAGAGCGCCCAAGCUGACUGAGGAUGUAAAGACCACCAUGAUUAUGAAAGGGGGCAACGCCAGUCAGACCGUCACCCAGGCCCUCAAGGACAUAUACUCUCUGAAGAAGCCCAAUGCUGUGCUGUACAAGAAGAAGAACAUAACACGACCAUUUGAGGACUCAACAUCACUGGAAUUUUUCUCUAAGAAGACAGACUGUUCUCUGUUUCUAUUUGGCUCCCACAACAAGAAACGACCCAACAACCUUAUAUUUGGUCGCAUGUUUGACUUUCACGUGCUGGAUAUGGUUGAACUUGGAGUUGAGAAGUACGUUGCUCUGAGUGAGAUCAAGAACAGUAAAUGUCCUGAGGGGACCAAACCGAUGCUAGUGUUUGCAGGCGAGGCUUUUGAUACAGACAACGAACACAAACGUCUGAAGAGUCUGCUCAUAGACUUCUUCAGAGGUCCCACUGUGUCCGCUGUGCGACUGGCAGGGUUGGAACACGUCCUGCACUUCACAGCCCUGGAUGGGAAGAUCUAUAUGCGCAGCUACAGGUCUGUGUUGAAGAAGUCUGGGUGCCGCACGCCGCGGAUAGAGCUGGAGGAGAUGGGGCCAUCAUUUGACCUGGUCUUAAGAAGAACACAUCUGGCUUCAGAUGACCUGUACAAGUUAGCUCACAGGAAGCCCAAAGCUCUGAAGGCCAAGAAGAAGAAGAACAUUUCCCAUAAUGUCUUUGGCACCAAGUUUGGCCGGGUCCACAUGCAGAAGCAGGAUCUGGCCAAGCUGCAGACCCGUAAGAUGAAAGGCCUGAGGAAGAGGAGGGGGGAUGUGGUCGCUGAAGACCAGGACGCACAGGCACCCAAAGUGGUUAAAGUGGACAGCAGCGCUGCAUAAACUCCCCGUUCAUCAGACUGACAUGUGCUGAUCCUUGACACCCUUUACUGUCUUGUGAGCAGCCCCGAGGCAGAGGGGAUACACAUCUAUUAAACCUGCCACUAUUGCUUUACUCAUUACAUGUGACUUCUUUGUCUUGAGCAUCAUGACUGUGUUGUCUCAGUUCUCUGGUCAAACUCAUGAGCAUCAGGACUUGGGUUAUGUGGAAGUCGGCCUUAAACUGGCUGAAGUUCCUUCUGUAACUUGUAAAGAGUUUGUAAAAUGGGAUUUUACCGGCAGCCUUAAAACAAAUAAAAGUCUCUAACCUGU